GCCCCCCCCACAGCCGGCAAACGACCCCCUCCUUUACAGAUUCACAUGGCGGCUGAGUAUCUGCGAGGUGGGGCUCUCUCUGAGGUCUGUUUUCGAAGUACUGUAGCUCUAUGUGACUGUAACACCACCAACACCAACAAACAAUGGACAGGGAACAGAAUCUAAACCGAGCGGAGACCUUCUCCUUCGUCAACCCCUGGAUCAGAUAUUUUCUCUUCUUCUUCAGCUUUUUAUUUUGGGUUUUCUCCUUGUUGAUUGUUGCCAUCGGGGUCUAUGCUAAAGUCCAGAAAGCUACAGACACGGUGCGGGACACGUUCCUGAUCGACCCAGCUGUCAUCCUAAUUGUGGUGGGGGUGGUCAUGUUCUUCAUCACGUUCUGUGGUUGCAUCGGAGCCCUCCGAGAGAACAUUCGCCUUCUUAAGACAUUCUCCUUCAGCCUGACAUUGGUCUUCAUCACCCAGCUGGCCAUAGCCGUUAUGGGCUUCUUCUAUUCUGAUCAGACUCGUGAUGCUUUGGGAAAGUUUGUGAAGAAAGCCAUUGUGCACUACAGGGAUGACCUGGAUCUGCAGAACCUGAUGGACUACAUCCAGAAAGAGUUCAAAUGCUGUGGGUGGAACAACUACACAGACUGGUCUUGGAACUUGUACUUUAAUUGUACAAAUGAGAACCCCAGCUCCGAGCGCUGCGCUGUGCCUUACUCCUGCUGCACUCCUGUUUCUGGAGAGACAGUUAUCAACACUAUGUGCGGUUUUGGGAUUCAAACCCAGAACUUUCUGGAGGCAAACAAGUCCAUCUACCCGGUAGGCUGUGCGGACCAAGCAGUGAUGUGGAUCGAGUCUCAUCUGUUGCUGGUGGGGGCUCUUGCCCUUGGUCUGGCCUUGCCUCAGAUUGCAGGCAUCGUGCUGUCCCAGAUCCUGAUCUCUCAGAUCCAAGAUGAGAUUAUCUCAGUGUUGUGAGAGCAGGCCGACGAAGAGGAAGAGGAGGGAAGAAAAGAACUUACAGUACUCGGCUCAGCUAGUCUGAUAUGUACAAGGACAUCUUUUUACUGAUACUGUAUCACUGCGACAUUGGAGUUCAUUUCACAUUAUUUUUGUGCUGUUGCCUACAAGCAUAACAUUGUGGUGCGCAAGUAGUCAUCACGUGCAAAAUGCAUGCAAAAAGUGUGUAUAUUUAUUGGUUUUCAACAUGUUUUU